CAGCAUCGUGCCAAACAUUAGCAUUGUGUAGACCAGUACGUACGCGCCAUGCCGCGUGGCCGCGCCGCCUUUCGGCAUUGUGUAUCUUUCUGGACCGAUGUCCUGUUAUUGCUGCUUUUAGUGUGCCCGAUCCUGGUUCUGGUCACUGCCAUGGUCCUGGGAGGGACCUUGGCAGGAGUGGAAGGAUGGCCCUUCGCAGAUGGUUUCUUUUAUGUGCUGAGCGGCAUGACUGGUCAGCCCAACCCCUUUGUCCCCAACACGCCAACGUCAAGCUGGGGCAUGUUUGUUGACGGUCUCAACUCCAUCUAUGGCUUCGUCUUCUCAUCUGUGAUUGUCGGACUGGUUUCCAUGUUGACCAACGUGGCCACACUGAAUGAGAUGUCCAUCCUCAGAAACGACCGCUGGGGAGUCGCAUUGAUCUUGGUGAUCUUUCCUUUGUCAGUCCUGGCACUUUGUGCUUUGCUCGGUGGGAUUUUAGCCCUCUUGGAGUCCUGGACCUUUGAACAGGGCUUCUACUACGUGAUUUCCUGUGUCUGUGGCAUCCAGCUGGUGAACAUCGUCCCGUUGCGAUGGCACGGCCGGCUCAGUGCGACUCUCAUCGGUGUGCUGGACAUGGGCCUUACAGGGGUCAUCAUCGGUAUGACCGGCGGCAUCGGCUUUCUCAUCCAGUUUGUGGAGUGGUACGAGAAGAGGAUCCAUCAAAUGCAGGCGAAGUGCUGCAUGGGCCACGAAGCGGAAGUUGAUCAGGUGACGCCUGUUGAAGACCAACAGGGGUCUCGAGCUGAAGGGACCAGCGAAGCUGACGACCAAAAGGAAGUCAUGCCUCGAACCGCUGAGGCGAGUUUCACUCCCAUACGCGAGGUAGAUCACGCACCAUGAGGUUUGAUCGGUGCUCAUCGGGACGAAA